GGGGUUGGCCAGUGUUGCACGAUACCUUGCCACUCGCGACGCGCGGCGGUUCGUCGACGGUGAUAGAGCCGCGGAAACACGGAUUUUUAAGUCGCGCGGCCACUUUCCCGGGCUCCGUACACGUCCUGUUAUCGUCGCGAUACCCGAGAGCCGCGAGCGAACGUGGCGCGCCGCCAACACCGUAGACAUCGCGCUAUCGUCCUACGGACCGGGGAUUACGGUCGUCGAUCCUUAACCUCAAAAAUAAAUAAGACAACGAUGUCGUUGAAAAAGGAUAGCAAGAGUAGUCUGUGUUGAAGAACGUGAUCGAGCUUUAAAGUGGAACGGUGAAGGUUUUACUCACAGGUGGAGUACAGCCGGAGGAUUAAUAACACGAGUAUUAAGCGUGGAGUUAGUUUUUCGGCCUCGUCCAGGACACGGUUACGUGUCGUACGUUCCGUGGCCGCACGGUGAAGUGUGCUACUUCGAUAGGUAACAGGGUUCAGGUGUACGUUGACCCAGAAGUGAGUAGUGUUCGGGACGGAUAGCGACGGCAACGAAAGGUAGACCCUGGCACGAUGCAGACGCAGGCCGCUACGAGGGGACCGACUCACUUGGUCGCCCUUUAUGUGGCGACGGCGGGUCUCCAGGGUAAUGCUCUCGGCUCCGACGAGGAAGAGAUCACGCUGUUGGUUUACGUGCUCAUCGACGUGCAACAGAACAGGGUAAUGGGAAGGCAACAGUAUAUUGUACGACCGAUGGUAAUGGACGAAAGUUGUACUCCUGGAACCGGUAGCGACAAUCCGGCGAUUGCCGGAAGUAGUGGAGUCAUCAGCGAAGUAGCGUUAGCACACGCUCCGGCGUUAUCCGAAAGAAAUCUUCGAGAGCACGGAAUUCCUCUGGAGCAAGCUAUCGAGAAGUUUGAAGCAUGGUGGUCCGCCAUGUCGUGCGUGACGUCCGGUUCCGCACCACGUUUCGUCGUAGACGGCCAGGCGCCGAUGAGACAAUGCUUACAUCCAGAGGCCUGCAACAAAGACAUCAACCUGCCAGAACAUUAUACCCUCUUUCACGAUCUCCGGAAGGAAUUCGUUGCUUGCUACUCUACCCAUGGAGAGCUCUCGACAUUUGGAAUACAAGAGAUGAUGGAAUAUUUUGGCCUACCGUUAGAUACUGAGAACGAGUUCUAUGUGCAUGAAAUACAAGAUAUGAUCUGUGUAAUACAGAGGAUGAUAAAAGAUGGUCACGUCUUCCAAAAUCCUGAAACAGUCAAUAUCGUUUUAGAACCUGGUAUAUGCUCAAAAGAUGAAGAAGUUGACAAUGGCUGUGUAGUAAGAGCUAGAGGUCUUCCUUGGCAAUCAUCGGACCAGGACAUAGCAAAAUUUUUUCGUGGCCUAAAUGUUGCCAAGGGUGGUGUAGCUCUGUGUUUAAGUCCUAUGGGAAGACGUAACGGAGAAGCAUUAGUACGAUUUGUUAACAAAGAACAUAGAGACAUGGCGUUAAAAAGACACAAACACCAUAUGGGUGGAAGGUACAUAGAAGUAUACAAGGCAUCUGGAGAGGAUUUUGUUGGCGUCGCUGGAGGAACUAGCGGGGAAGCUCAUGCAUUUUUAUCUAGAGGAGCUCAAGUUAUCGUUAGAAUGAGAGGCUUGCCUUACGAUUGUGUCGCUAAACAAGUGUUGGACUUCUUUUUGUCAGGGCAAAAGCCCUGUCACGUAUUGGAUGGAGAAGAUGGAGUUUUAUUCGUGAAGAAGCCGGAUGGUAGGGCAACUGGAGACGCGUUUGUUCUUUUUGCUAAGGAAGAAGACGCAGUGAAGGCUCUAAGUAAACACAGAGAUUGCAUUGGUAGCCGGUAUAUAGAACUUUUUCGAAGUACGAUUGCCGAGGUGCAACAGGUUUUGAAUAGAGCGAUUGAUCCGAAACAGAUCGUACUUCCAACGCCGCCUAUUCCACAACUUCCUCCCAUACUUCCACAACAUAUUAUCACCUCAGGCACGCGUAAAGAUUGCGUUAGAUUACGCGGUCUUCCAUACGAAGCUCUUGUCGAACACAUCCUCGAGUUCAUGGGCGAACAUUCUAAGAAUAUUGUCUACCAGGGUGUUCAUAUGGUUUACAAUGCUCAAGGUCAGCCAUCCGGCGAAGCGUUUAUUCAAAUGGACAGCGAAAGUUCGGCAUAUGCAUGCGCGUCGCAGCGACAUCAUCGGUAUAUGAUAUACGGCAAGAAACAGCGAUACAUCGAAGUAUUCCAGUGCAGUGGGGAUGACAUGAAUCUGGUAUUGACAGGUGCAGUAACUCCAGCGUCAACCAAGGCUCUGCUAUCACCCGGAGGCACGAUGUUGCCACCACCACCAGUCGCGAUAUUUCCGCCUGCUGCUGCAAUGCUACCGCGUGGACCACCGCAGUUUGCAGCACCUUAUCCGCCUCCAAUUUUCUAUUGGCCCUAUCCUUCACCGCCUGUCAGUCCAACCAAUUAUUAUAAUCCAGCGAAUGUCGGUGGGAUCGCGGCGAUUCCUCAACAGGCAGCUUUGUUAACUCCGGCGGAAUGUCUGCAAUUAGCACCAGGAGCAACUGUGCCUGCUGCGACCACACCAACCGCAGAACCGACGCGUAUCGACGCUUUCCUCCCUCGAAUGGAUUUGGAAAAGCGUGUACCUGUUCCAGCACCUCCCCAAGCAGAAUGCAAUCCAUUCAUCGAAGUAUUCAUGGUGUGAUGACGAUUGUCCGAUCAAGAUUCAUGCGAUUCUCAGCAGGAUUGAGUGAAUCUUUUAGCCUCGCACGAUAGUAACUGAACGGUUACGUUUAUUUGCUGCUUGUAAAAGAAGGCAACGUAUCGUCGUACACCUGUACGUGCGAUAAGAAGAAUCCUUGUCUUAAAACAGCUUCGAGGAAAUUCGCGAUACGAAGUCUCGAAAGGUAUCCAACGUGACUGGAUUCGCAUCUUUUUCUUAUCUUCGAAAGAAGCUCCCCCCAUCUUUCACCCCGUAAAUCUAACGUGUCGCAGGGUGGCACGUUCCUUUCUAGUCUAGAGACAGAUGCAAGUCGUCGUAGCAUAACGCAGUGACGUCGUUUCUUUCUCGUCGUUUGUUUCAGUUCCUCUGGAACAGGACGCGCACGGCACAUUUUCUAUUCUCCUCAUCCCCCCGUGUUCCCCCUCUGGGCUUCUGUUCUGUCACCCCAUCUUCACGUCUGUUUCUUUUUUCUCGCUUUAUUCCAUUCGCCGCUCUGUGAUUAAGCAUCAGGACGCUAGAUGCAUACGUUCCCGGGAGCGACGAACCGCGAUCAGCUAGCAUCGUCUGGUCGUGUCACUAAUAUACCGUGGCGUUCCAGAAUAAUUCACGUUUCGAUCAUUUUAAGUAGGCUCGCUGGGAAUCAAUGACCGCAACCGUAUGGCUGAUAUUCGGAAUUUGAGCAACGAAUUGAACGCAUGACGCGUUAGCAUUCAAUUCGUACGAAGAUUGGCUCGCAUUGGCACAUUGUGGUUCCGAGUAUCCGGCUAUAGUAUAAUAUUACGAUCGAACGUGUUAACUACGAUAAUCUCUACUCUGGUUAAUAUAGCGAAAAAAGACGAAAAAGGAGAAGUAAAAUCACCGGCGUGAUAUAGCGCUUUUAUUUUUAGAGUUUUACUUAAUUUAAUAUAAAGUUUUUAAAUAUGAAAUUUAUAUAUAAUAUAUACCCUAUAUCGCGAAUUUAUCCGAACGAGAUACGUUAUCGUCGUUGGUUCGCCGUAAAGUUGUCAAGUUUUAUUAUUAUCGAGUAAGUUAUUCGACUCCAAAGUGUCGGUUCAUGUUAGCUUCCGGCUCAUCGGUUUGCCUGAAUCGCUGUAGGAGACUACGAUUCGCGCGAUAACGACGAUCUAACGAUACUUUGUCAUCGGAUCGCGCCACGAAUGCUGCAAACAUUUCGCGAACCUUUUCCUUUAAGAUAUCGUCACCACCUCGAGCCAAUUUUUAUCAUCGGUUUCUGCUUGUAAUCGAUCGUAUCUGUUUGUAGUAAAGUACAUACGUAUAAUUACGGUUCUUCUACAGUGACUGCUAUAUAAUACAUAUGUUAUUUAACAUACACAAGUUAUUUAACAUUGGUAAACCAGGUCGAGAAUGCUGAUACCUGAGAUUUUUAUCGAUCGCUCAAUCACGUAAUUAGUUUAUAUAAUUUUUAAACGCUAUUUUUCCCCAGUAAAGCGAUACGUUUCAACAUUUUUUCACCCCUUCCUCGUUGCAGUGUAUUAGUUUAGAAUUAGUUGCAACGUAUAGCGGAUCUUUCGAAUAAUUUUCUGCGCAAAAAGAAGUAAGCCUUGACGAGUUUUUUCAAAUCUUAUUAGAAUCGAUAGUGCAAAUGUCAUUGGCUUAUAUAAUUACGCACGAGAGAGGGAUGAAUUAUACAUUCUUUGGAUAAAAAUUGAGUUGAGAACAUGUCUCUGCAGUUUUGCAAAUGUUCCUCUCUGUUCUUGUUCCUGCAAACCGCGCUCGUGUAUAAAGGUGCAAUUUUAGAUAUAAAGAGUGACGUUCGAAAAGCCAGGGUCGUUUUAUCGCUAAAAGUUAAGCAUCAUAAAAAGUCGUCAAAUAUCUUACGAAUAACAUAAUAUAUAUACAUUAUAUACGAAUAUAUAGAUAUACAUAUUUUUCAUAAAUAUUACACUACAGCUAAGUUUGAAACGAGCUUCGAUAAUAAUCGAUAAUCGACGUGUAGUUGUAGUUGCCAAAAACUUCACCGUACAUUCUGACUUAAAGAAACAAGAAAUACCAACAUAUAUAACAUGAAUAUCUUUCUUUCAAUUGAGUUUAUAUUUUUGCAUCCGUGCGAGUUAUAAAAAUUGAAAGAACGCAAGAUCGAAGACGAGAGAACAGGUUAUAUAUGGAUCGAUCAAUAAUAUCGAGACCUUUAACUAACAUCGCCACCAUCGAAACUCUCGAUUCAAAGGUACCUGAAGUUGUCUGAUCGUACGUACGCGCUAAAACUAUUAGCAGAGCUAUUAGUGACACGCGGUGUGUUGUAUUUCGUUUAGCGAUUCGUUUGGUCGCGAUGAAAAGUGCAAUGAAAAGUGACGAGGUGAUUCGAAAAUACUAGGGCUGCGAGUUAAUAUCGCCGGCUCGUAAGAAUAAGUGUUUUAGGAAUUAAGUUAAACUGUAAGAGAUAAAAAAAACAGUGCUCCGAUUUAACGAGCACCAUGAACAAACCGCAUUGUUGAUUCUAUUUCUCGUUACCGUAACGUGCUAUGUCACACAAUAUUGGUGCAAUAAUUUUUCCCUUCUUCUUUGUUUCUUGCUGUGACAUACGUUAUAGGGACCAAAAACACUAGUUCCCCGUACUGAGAAAUAUCAGGUAAAGUACUAUCAUUGUUAUUCGUAUUAAAUUAAUUAUUUCGAACAAUGUACAUCGAUAUUUUUCAAAUUCGCAAUGAAUUAUUUAACGAUUUUGCUUCAGUUUAUUUUCUACACAGAUCGAUGGUUAUUUUACUUAAUUAAUUAUUGUAGUUCCUGAUCGUACGUCAUAUAUGGAUAGUUCCUACCGAACGGCGUUCUCCUGAUUUCUAAGAUGAUUUCUCGUGUUAGAUUUAAACAAAAAAUUUUAUCUCGAAUUAUGCUCACCCGAUCUGAGAAACAGACUAGAACAAAAUAUUUAAAUAAUUCAUGCAAAUUUAAUGGAAUUAUUCCGUAGACGGAAAUUUUUAGCUAUUCGAUCUCGGCGUGACUCUCCUAUCAUGUUAGUAUAAUAGAAAAUUGUAUAUACAUACGUUUGUAUGCCUAUCUUAUAAUAAGAUUCAGCAUAUUUAAAUGAAAAAAAAAAAAAAAAAAAAAAAUCGCGUCUAGAAGACGCUGAGCAAGUAAAGCCGUUUAUAUUUAUGUGACCCACUUCUUGACCGCACAAAGAGCUUUUUAAGGAAAAAAAUUAAAAAAAGAUAUAUAUAUAUAUAUGAGAAGCUUUCGUCUACUGUAAACACAGGCGAACUUCUGUCACCGAUUGAUCGUUUCUGCAGUCUGAAAAAACGGCUACGACGAAUAGUAAUCUGAUCCCGAUAUUUAAUAAUGUUAUUAACGAUAUUAAUAUUAAUAUAUUCAAUAAUUGUUUUAAAAUAGUCUUCCAUAAUUUAUUCGUCAACCCUUUCAUUAUAUCGUGUAAUAUAUUGUAUACACAGUCCAAGAUAUCUAUUUAAUUGUAACGUAUAUAAAAAAAAAGUAAAAUCCAUUCUUUUUGUUUCGAUUUUUCUUAUAAUGUGAUAAUAAAACCAUUUAAUCGAA